CCCAAAAUGGACAGCGAUAGAGUGGUGUUUUGCCCGUUUUGUGGCAAACAUAUGAGCCAAUUAACUAGAUUUUGUUUUUCGUGUGGUCGGUCUUUGGAGUUUUUAAAUGGCGCAGACCAGACAGAAGGACCAAACACACAGGGGACAUCUCAACAGCCGGAUAAUGCUAAACAAACAGAAAAACCUUGCACAUCAUACAAACAGUUCAUGGAGUACAGAAGUGCAAAGUCCAAAGAGCGUCAGUCUUUUAACUACGGGCCGAGAGGAAGACAUCGGGCUAAAGAACGAAAACACGUCCAGAUAAACAUUGGAUUGAUGGUGCCAAAUGGAACUGAUUUAAAACCUCUAAGAGGGAAAACACUCCCGUUAUUUGUAGACCCAGAGGUAGCAGCACCUGAUGUACUGAAACAAGCUGUCCAGAAAAUGAAAACAUUUAACAAGGACAUGCCAGAAGGACCGUACAUCCUUUUGUAUCCAGACUGCUCAGAGGUGGUCCAUGUGCCUGGAUCAGAAAGGCCAUUCAAAUUGGCAGAAUAUAAAAAGGAACUAGGAAGGCCAUAUUGCAGGAUCACAUUUUUCAUUUGCCUAGAAACACAUUUUAAAGGAGGAGCAACGGAUAAUACUUCAGACUCUGAUUCUGAAAUUGUCAUCGCAUCAAGGAGCACAGCUGAAUUCAAUCGAGCUGACACAGUGGUUUUUGAACCACAAAACCGAAGUACUCCCAAACUCAAACCUAAAGAUGAAAGAGAUGCACCGGGACAUUCAGCAACAAUUCGGCCUGGACAGAUAGUAAUAUCUGAUGCUGAGGAUAUGGAUCCAUCUGAAACAAAUCCAGACAAGACUUGCUACAGUAAAUACACGGACCUGUAUGCACCAGGUGUUGAGGAAGAGGAUGAGGAGCUGGUUGCAGUCAAUGUGGAGAAUUUCCAACACACGGCAGUGGAGGAGAUGGACAUUACACUACCUGACAUUGUAGCAAACCUGGCACUUCCUAUUGAUCACAAAAGAGUCAGCAGGUUCAACAUCUCAAGGGCUAAUGUUUGGGAUGGAGCCGUCAGAGGUUUCAAGCGUACAACAUAUUCUGAAACCUGUGACAUGCUGGUCAGAUUUACUGAUGAUGCUGGUAUUUUUGAGGAGGGAAUUGACACUGGUGGUCCAAGACGAGAAUUUUUAUCUCUGCUAAUGAAACACCUGAAAGACCGGCCCAUUUUUGAUGGACCAGAAGGACAUUGGUUCUUGGUCUACAAUGCAAAUGAUUGAGAAUGCUGCUUCAUUGGAUGCUCUGCAAGAAUGUAUCAUGAGACACAGCACAAUGUUACAGACAGCAGGCUGUCUGAGACAUGUGGCUGCUGUGGAAGAAAAGAAAGAAAUUGUGGCAGACUACCUCCAGUGGUAUAUUAUUGACCGCAACUCAUCUGUAAUUGACAGAUAGACACCCUACUUUGCUGACCCCUGUCCUGUGCCACUUUGAAAAGCGACUCACUGGCUUUGAGCUCGAAAAACUCUUCAAACCUGACCUCAGCCCUUCAGGGAGUAAUAGGAGAAUAAAAGAAAGUCAAACUGUGGCCUACUGGGCAGACUAUCUCCUUGACUGUGAAGAAGGCGCGGCUGCUGUGUCUGUGGAGGACGUUUUGAUGUUUGCAACUGGGCUGACAUCACUUCCCCCAUCUGGCUUGCAACCAUUGCCACAAAUAGAGUUCCUGGAUGACUCUCCAUUCC